CCAAUCACACCCAUUUUCCAUACCCACUAAGCCCAUUUGCCAUGCAUGGUCAUGCAUGGCCACGUGACGCCCGCCACACCCAUUUCUUGCUCAGCAUACCCAUUUUCUCCCUCAAACUUAUCCACUGCAAGCUGCCGAACCAUGGGCUGUGGGACAUAGUUGAUGAUUUUGUGUAUCAGUUUGAGAGCUUUUGAAAGUAAGGGCCUUUAUUUUGUGCACAUGCAUGCUGGGACCCAUCUUUUUGAAGUCAUCAACCAGGCGGUAGAGGCUGUAGAGAAACGCAUAGAGGAAACGUGUAAGAGUAUUAUGGAGUGCUAUAAGGAUGAUGCCUCUCGAGCGAAAGAUAUUGCCCUGAGGAAGUUCAGGGAUAAAGACCUUUUGGGUGCAAAGAAAUUUGUUUUAAACGCCCAAAAUUUGUAUCCUGGGCGUGAGGGUAUUUCUCAAAUGUUAACUAUACUUGAUGUGUACAUCUCAGCUGAGAAGAAAGUGAGUGGAGGAGUGGAUUGGUAUGGGAUACUUGGUGUAAUCCCCUUGGCUGAUGAGGGAUCUGUGAAGAAACAAUGCAGGGAGCUGGCUCUUAUGCUUUAUCCUAAUAAACACAAGUCCAUUGGUGCAGAUGGUACAUUUAAGCUUGUUUCAGAGGCUUGGAGUUUAUUAUCUGACAAGAGCAAGUAUUUGAUGAAGCCUUUUUGUUUCCACUGAUGGCAUUGU